GUCCCUGCAUCAUGGGUGGGCGGAGCAGAGUAGCCGGAGAAAAGCGCCUCCAGCCCGAACAACAUGCUGAAGCCUGGUAGCAGAGUCAUGGCGGAGAAGAAAGCGGUGCUCUUCAACUUCUGGGGGGUCGUCGUGCCUUCCAAACCCGACGGUGUUUUCCAGAAAGUGGAGGAGCGACACAGCCUGCCCGGCGGUUCUCUGUCCAGCAUCUACUCUCAGACCGAUGGCUCCCUCAGGCGGGCGGAGCGUGGAGACAUGCCUCUUUCUGAGAUGCUCCCAGCGUUAGAGGCCGAGUGCGUGAAGGAAAGUCAGGCCAAAGGCGCGGCGCUGCCGUCUGAUUGGUCCAUCAAUGGUGUGCUAAAGGAGAUCAGGAAGGAGAUGAUGAACGUCAGACACGCAGUAUUGAAGACUGCCGCAAGCCUGCGGCGCAGUGGCGUUCUAACCGCCGUGCUAGCCAACCACUGGCUCGACGAUGUCAGCGACGAUGAUACUUCAGCCCGCCUUCUCUGUCUGCUCGGUGGCCAUUUUGAUCUGGUCCUUCAGUCCUGUCACGUAGGCCACAGGGUCCCAGAGCCUGACAUGUUCAGCGCUGGUCUGCAGCAGCUUCGAGUGACGCCCCAAAACGCUCUGUGGGUCGAUGCGGGUGAGGCGGGCGUGAAAGCGGCCGAGGCUGCGGGGAUGAAGGCCGUCCUGAUGGAAAGUCUGGAUGCAGCCCUGGAGAAAAUCUCUGAGUUCACAGGAGUUAAGGCAGAGGAGGCCGAGAGUCCCCCGCCGUUCUGCGGCCCUGACGAAGUCUGUCACGGAUACGUCACCAUCAGAACUGGUGUGCGGACUCACUUCGUGGAGAUGGGCUGCGGUCCCCCCGUUCUGCUCUGCCACGGCUUCCCUGAGAGCUGGUACUCGUGGCGUUUCCAGAUCCCUGCCUUGGCAGCAGCGGGCUUCAGGGUGUUGGCGUUGGACAUGAAGGGAUACGGAGAGUCAACGGCGCCCCCUGACAUUGAGGAGUUUUCUCAGGAGCAGCUUUGCAAGGAUUUAAUUACAUUCCUGGACAAAAUGGCGAUUCCACAGGUCACCCUGGUGGGUCACGACUGGGGUGGAGCCCUGGUGUGGUCCAUGGCCCAGUUUCAUCCAGAAAGAGUCAGGGCUGUGGCGUCUCUCAACACGCCUCUCUUCAAAGUGGAUCCUUCUGUUCCUUCUUCAGAGAAGCUGAAGGAUAUUCCCAUCUUUGACUACCAGCUGUACUUCCAAACUCCUGGUGUAGCAGAGGCAGAACUGGAGAAGAACCUGGAGAGAACCUUCAAGAUUUUCUUCUCCCGCAGCAGUGAACGGUCGAGCCGUCCUGCUCUCAGCACCGCCGGAGUCCGCGCUCGAGGAGGGCUGUUCGUGGGUCUGCCGGAGGAGAUUCCUCAGAGCUCCAUGCUGACCCAGAGCGUCCUGCAGUAUUAUGUCAGCCAGUUUGAGAAGUCGGGCUUCAGAGGACCUUUGAACUGGUAUCGGAACGGCCACGCCAACUGGAAAUGGUCGUGCUCCCAGCCCACCGGGAAGCUGCUGAUGCCGGCGCUGAUGGUGACCGCAGGCAAGGACUUCGUCCUGCUCCCGGCGCUCUCCAAAGGCAUGGAGGACAUGAUUCCCAACCUGACCCGCGGACACAUCGAGGAAUGCGGACACUGGACGCAGAUGGACAAGCCGGCAGAGACCAACGACAUCCUGAUCGGGUGGCUCAAAGAGGUUCACCAGAGGGCUGCGGGGGUGGCUCCUAAACUUUAAGAAGUAGGGGAGGGAAGAGAUGGAUGCUGGGAAAUCUGGAAGAAUGGGGAAAAAUGCUACAAAUAUGAAGACUAGAACACAGGAAGGAAUUUGAUUGUAAAUAGUUUGAUAGAAAGACAUUUAGAGGGUAAUUGUAGAAAUGUUUAGUCUAAUUUCAUUAAACUUUCACAAUAAAAGCCCUAACUUUUUUUAUUAAACAGUUGGAUUUAAAGAUUUCCUCCCGGAAAAAACACAAGUUUUAAUGAUUAAAAAAUGCUAAUUGUCUGCAGGGAAAAUAAUCAAAUAAAAACAAUGAAAAAAACUCAGCAA